GCUGUCGAUCGAGCAUGCAGUUAAGCGUAUUUUGAAUCAGUGGAUUGAGCUGAAGAUGCAUUUUAAUACCACUGCAUUAACAGAAAAAUGCCACAAAGCCUUAAUUUUAAGCGAUUUGUUUAACGACACUAACAAUUUAUAUUUGGUAUUCUUAAAACCAAUUCUCGAUAAUAUGCAGCGUAUAAACAAGAACUUUCAGUCAAAAAAUUCCAAUCCGACUAAAUUGCUAGGAGACCUUAUACUUGGGAUAAAUACGUUGAAAGUGAAAAUAAUUCCUUCUGACGCCGACGUGAAUAUUUUUAAUGACGAAAUUGAACCAAUCAUGAAACGGGAUUUGUACUUGGGGUACGAGUUUGAGUCUCAUUUAAAAACGAUUAAACAUAAAAUUGAUGACACGACAGAGAAUAUUAUCCGCCAGCAUUGUACUGACAUUGUACUAGAGCUUAUCAUCCAGUUAAAGAAAAGGUAAGAUAAUUUUUUAUCGAUAGUUUACUAUUUAAUCGGUCAAUUAAUUUUAAUUUUAUUUACUUUCAGGCUACCUGAUAACUUUGAAAUAUUAAAAAAAAUCGAAACAUUUACGGUCGAAAAGGUUUUCGCGCAAAAAAAGAUCCGAUUGUUUUAAUUUUAGAAUUUUUUAAAAUACCUAGCAAUGGUAUCGAGAAAAUUGUAUCGCAAUACAAUACAAUACACCUUAUUAAUUGGACUAAUAUUGAUACCACAAUUGCGUUUUGGGCAGAGGUGAGAAAUUAUAAGGACUCGGCUGGCAAUAACCCAUUUAUGGAAUUGGCAACAUUUGCUCUACAACUUCUGUCGCUGCCCUGGUCAAAUGAAGAAGUUGAGCGUGUUUUUAGCCAAGCUAAUUUGGUAAUAACCAAAUUGCGCAACCGACUGCAAAUAGAAACGUUAAAUGCGAUUUUAUCGAUCAGGUUUGGGCUACGCCGGAAAGGCGUAUGUUGCCAUGAAUAUGAAAUUCCUGAGCAAUAUUUAAAAAUGAUUGGAAGCAACCAAUCUACAGAAAUUCAAAGUUUAGAAGCCGACAAUGACGACAUUGACGAUAAUCUAAACGAGUUGGCCACCAACAAAGAGUGAUACUACAUAAAAUUUAUGGAAAAAAUAUUUUGUCUUGUUUUUUGUCCUUUUUUUUU